AGGAGUAGAAGCCAAACAGCCCAACUCUGCCAUCAGGAAAUGUGUUAGAGUCCAGCUGAUUAAGAAUGGUAAAAAAAUAACAGCUUUUGUUCCCAAUGAUGGCUGCCUGAACUUCAUUGAGGAAAAUGAUGAAGUUCUGGUUGCUGGCUUCGGUCGGAAGGGUCACGCUGUUGGUGACAUUCCUGGAGUUCGCUUCAAGGUUGUCAAAGUAGCCAAUGUUUCUCUGUUGGCCUUGUACAAGGGCAAGAAGGAGAGACCAAGAUCAUAAAUUCAGAUUACUUUGUCAAGAAUGUCAAUAAAAAUUUUGAUUGGAAAAA